GAGAGCCUCUACGCCACGGAGAACCUCAGCGCAAACCCGCUGGAGGAAUACGCAGAACAGAACAAUUUUCUCUUCCUAAAAAAAAAAAACCCUCAGCAAAAAAUUUCAACUUCAAAAUUGGCAAAGCGCCGACUGAGGAGAAGGCCAUACACAUAGAGAAAAAAACUGUGAGCCACUUUGACAAGUCCAUUCAGGUGAACAUCCUCCUUACAGAUGAGGCCACUCUGCCUCUUUACCACUCGCGAAAUGGAAAGAAGCGGCGUGAGAAGUUUGCUUCUCUCCUCUCGAAUGGCCAACCCCAUGGGGAAGGAGGGGACUUCAAAUCGGGGAACUUCUGUACAACCAAGUUGGGCAAGAAGGACGCUGUUUUGAAAAAGGGUAUAGCUAUGGGGGGUACUUCCCCCGAUGGUGGAGUAGUAACAGAAGGAGCCCCCCCACAGGGGAAAGACCCCAACCAAGCUGACCUCCUCCUACGCAGCAAAGGAUUUCUCUCCUUCUUAGAACACAGCUCUAAAAUCGUGGAGCGGUCCCUGGGAGAGCAAGACGUCCUCAAUGCCACCUUCGACUUUGCAGCCAAGGAUAUAACAGGAGAAACGGAGAGUGCAGAAAGGAUGAAGUUUGUGAAUACUUAUUCCUGUAAAAAGUAUACAAAUGGAAGACCCAUAACAGAUGUGAGGACGUCCAACCUUUACAGUGAACUCUUUCUAGCUUCCUACGGAUUGUCCACAACGAGUAACUAUACCGACCCCGAUGGUUAUGUCCUAGUCUGGAACAGUACAAUGAAAAAUCGACCCGAGUAUGUAUUCACCUCCGAGGCAGCUGUAUGUACCUCCGUCUUUAACAAGUUCAACCCGCAUCUAAUCAUAGGAGGAACAUACACAGGAAACGUCGUUUUGUGGGAUAUACGAGCUAGCCAAAAACCAGUACAAAAAACGUACCUGACUCCGCAAGGUCAUUUUCAUCCCAUAUAUUGUGCAGAAGUUAUUGGCACGUUGAAUGCAAACAAUUUGGUUACGGCGGACACUGAUGGGAGGUUAUGCAAUUGGUCAUUAAGUAUGUUUACUUACCCAUCGGAUACGAUUGACUUGAAGAGAACCAACAAGGAAGUGUCAUGCUGUUGCUUCUCCUUUCAGGAAGGAGAAAUAAACACUCUCUAUGGUGGAGCCGAUGAUGGAACCCUAUUUCAAGCACAAAUACAUGGCACCAAGGUAGGCAUCACUGAAUUUUAUAACAUCCAUCAUGGUCCCUUAACAGCUGCUCAAUUCCAUCCUCUCAUUGAGGGAGUCCCGGAUGACCACAACGAUCUCAUCCUAACCUGUUCUGUCGAUUGGUCCUGCAAGCUGCUAAGUAUAAAGGAACCCCAAAACGCACUCUACGUCUUUGACUGCUUCGAUGACUACCUAAUGGAUGUGAAAUGGAACCCCGUGCAUCCAGCCAUUUUCGCCACCUGCAGUAGUAAUGGGAACAUAAAAAUUUGGAACAUGUGUUUCGAGCUGGACUGCUCUUAUUUCGAUAUGACUGUUCAGGCAAAAUCGACAAAUAAAAUUGCUUGGUCGUGUGACGGGAGGAAGUUGCUUGCGGCGGACUCGGAUGGUGCCUUGACUCUUUGGAACGCGUCCAGCGAGAUUUACCAGCCCAGGUCCGAGGACAUCGCCAAGUAUAGCGCACGCGUUGAGAAGAUGCGCGCUGAGAGAAGCGGU